CUGAAAUUAUUUGACGCUGACAUUUCUUGGGUAUUAUAACCUCAAAAUGGCCUUCUGAAUUCCGUUCGUAUUUACUCGUAAUAAAAUCCCAAAAAAAUGAGUUUAUUCAUCAGAUGUUACAAGCCGAACAACAUAAAUACUGCAUUUAACAACAAAAUAUGGCGUUUUAAUUCUACGAGUACUGAUAUCUCUUUGAAAAAAGAUGUUGAAGAAGAGGAGUUUCGUGUAUUGGAUAUUUUGAAAAAACGAGAGAGGACGCAGAGGAAAACCAUCAGAAGAGCUGAUGUACAGCCUGACAGGGCUGAUAGGAUGGCGCCAGACCAGAAAUGGACUAAUGUGUGGCCAGGCCCCAAAUCCUUCCAUCCCUCAUCGGUGCCUCUACCCCUUCGCCAAGGAUAUGUAUCUCGUGGACAAGCACCACCUGGCAAAAAAGCGAAUGCAGAACUGAUGAAAAUCCCCAACUUCCUCCACCUCACCCCACCAGCAAUCAGAGCUCAAUGUGAAGCUAUAAAACAGUACUGCACGGAGUGGCCAAAACUCCUAAACUCCGAGGAGGCCAUUGAAAAGCAUUACCCAGUUGAAGUUAUAUCAUCAGAUUACUGCCAUGCAAGUCCGUCUAUCCGUAACCCCCUAUCAAGAGUCGUAACAUUACGCAUUAAACUCUCUACGUUAAAUUUAGACAAACAUGCACGUGAUAAAUUCAUUAGAUUGGUUGGUGAUCGCUACGACAAAUCUACAGAUUUGGUCAUGAUAACAGCUGACCGUUGUCCUGUCCGAAAACAGAAUCUGGACUAUGUCAAUUAUCUGUUAACGGCUUGUUAUCAUGAAUCGUGGAAUUUAGAGGAUUGGGAGAAAGAGAAAACUGAAGAUGAUAUGGAAUAUUACAAUUUUGAUAAUAAUAAAUCAAAAAGAAACGUGAUCGAAUGGGUUUUGAGGGCGAAAAAUGAGUUUAAGGACUUGAGUGAUGAUGAGGUGAGAUCAUAUAAAACGAGUAGUAUUCCUCACGGAGAAAAAUACGAAGAAGCUGUGUCGAAACUAAUGAAUGACGGGGAAAGUGAGGAAACAGUGAAGAAUUACGGAGACACUGUGAGAAAGUUACUCGGGCUGCCCUCAAGGAAAGUUGUAUCAUAGUAUUUAUAAUAAAAUGUAAUUUAGCUUGUAA